UUUUCCUUCUGCAGGGAUACUGGUGUAGGGUAUGUUGUUGGGGAUGAGCUGAGCCUUUGACACCAUGAUGAACCCAUCCCAGCCAGACAAUAGCAGCCGGAAGCAGCAGCAGCAGCGCUCCUCGUCUCCAGCCGGCUCUAAAGACGGGGGAUCUAAAGCCACGCAGAAGGGCAGCACCUCGGCAAAGCCCAUCGCGGCAAAGCAGGCUGGAGGAGGCCGAAGCAGCCGAGGUCAGUCCCCCGUUUCAACAGGCAGGGAGCGGCAGGCCGGCGGCGCUCCUGCCGUCAGAGGCGCGGCUGCUGUCCAGGCGUCUGGUGCUGAAAGCCCGACGCUGAGCCGAGGCGGCAUCCACACACCGGAAGACUCCCCCCGCAUUGUUGCUGAUGCCUCCUCGCCCUCCAGAGCAGAUCCAAACCGCGUCGUCUCUGACCAGCCUUGCGCAUCUAAAUCCCCCAAACUGAGGAGCAAAACCCCGAAGGGAGGGGAGGCGGCGACGAGCAGCAACAAGAAGAGCUCUAAAAGCACAAUAGGCUGCGGACCCGGUUUCUGGAAGGAGGGAUGCUUGCAGUCCGAGCUUAUACAGUUCCAUUUGAAUAAGAGCUUGGGGAAGAAAGGGACAAAGAUGCAGACAAAAUCAACCUCACCGCCGGCCUCAGAGCCGGAGCUGUCCCCUGAGCCUGAGUGUCCACAGCCGGCUCCACAGCCGGACCAGGGACUGCAAGACGACAUAGAGAGGCUGGAGGAUGAAAACGAGGAUUUAAAGAUUGAAAUUGAGGAGAUGCGGGCAGAGAUGGAUGAGAUGCGGGACACCUUUUAUGAGGAAGAUGCCUGCCAGCUGCAUGACAUGCGUAGGGAGCUUGAGAGAGCCAACAAGAACUGCAGGAUCCUUCAGUACCGGGUGAAGAAGGCCGAGAGGAAGAGGCUCCGGUUUGCAGAAAGUGGCGAGGUGGAUGGAGAGCUGCUCAGAAGUCUGGAGCAAGACCUCAAGGUGGCUAAGGAUGUCUCUGUGCGCUUACAUCAUGAGCUGGAGAAUGUGGAGGAGAAGAGGACGAGGACAGAGGAUGAGAAUGAGAAUCUGAGGCAGAAGCUGAUAGAGACGGAGGUCACCAAGCAGGCACUGCAGAAUGAACUGGAGAAAGCCAAAGAGCUCUCACUGAAAAGGAAAGGAAGCAAGGAUGGGCCGAAAGCAGAGAGAAAGAUUCCACAGACUCCUAUCGAGGAAGAAAAUGAGGAUUUGAAAUGCCAGCUUGCCUUCAUCAAGGAGGAAGCCAUCUUGAUGAGGAAGAAAAUGGCAAAGAUUGACAAGGAGAAGGACCAACUGGACUAUGAGCUGCAGAAGUACCGCUCGUUCUACGGGGACGUGGACAGCCCUCUGCCUAAAGGUGAGGCUCGAGGGCCCCCCACCACCCGAGAGUCAGAGCUGAAACUUCGCCUGCGCCUGGUGGAGGAGGAAGCUAACAUCUUGGGCAGGAAAAUUGUGGAGCUGGAGGUGGAGAACAGGGGGCUGAAGGCUGAACUGGAUGACAUGAGGGAAGACAGUCUGGCGGCAGCAGGACUGGAUGGUUCUGGUGCUGGAGGUCAGCAGUGCAGAGAGCAGGGCGAGGUCUUGUCAGAGCUGAGGCAGCAGCUUCAGCUGGUGGAGGACGAGGCAGAACUACUCCGCAGGAAUUUUGCAGAUGUGGAAGAAGAGAACAAAAAGGUGACGAAUGAACUAAAUAAACUGAAAUACAAGGCUGGAAACCAUGAAGCUGGAUCGAGAUAUGGAGGAGGAGGAGCUGACUCCGCUAAAAUGGAGGUCCUCCAGGAGGAGCUGAAAGCGGCACGUCUGCAGAUCAAUGAACUGAGCGGCAAAGUCAUGCAGCUCCAGUACGAGAACCGCGUGCUGCUCUCCAACAUGCAGCGCUACGACCUGGCCUCCCACCUGGGGAUCCGCAGCAGCCCCCGGGACAGUGACGCAGAGAGUGAUGGAGGACGGGACGACGACACCCCCUCGGCCUCAGCAUCCUCCCCUCGCCUCCUCCCUCCCCACCGCAAGCGCGAGGGCCCUAUAGGAGGGGAGAGUGACUCAGACGAGGUGAGGAACAUCCGCUGCCUCACCCCGACACGUUCCCUUUUCUCACCUGUAGACAGUCGUUUUUUAUCGAGAAGCCUGAAGGACCGGCAGCAGAUGAUAGACAUCUGCAUCGAGGCGGAGAGGCUGGGUCGGACCAUCGAUAGGCUCAUCACAGACACCAGCACUAUCAUCGCCGAGGCACGGGUAUUCGUCACCAACGGGGAGCUGUUUGCCAGGCUGGAAGAGGAUGAGGAAGGUGGCAGGAUCAGAGACCAUGAGCUGCUGUAUCGAAUCAACGCCCAGCUGAAGGCCUUCAGGAAGGAGCUGCAGAGCUUCAUAGACCGGCUGGAUGUCCCCAGGCAGGAGGACAAACAGGCGGAAGAACCACUGUCUAUGUUUCAGCCCAUUAUUUUGCUGAUCCUCAUUCUUGUUCUGUUUUCCUCACUUUCUUAUGCCACCAUUUUCAAAUUGGUAUUCCUUUUCACCCUCUUCUUUGUUUUGUAAAGCACACCCUCAAUAUCAUGUUAUGUUGAUUUUUGUUAUUUUAUUACAAAUAUUAUUUGUACUUAUUCGUUCAUUUCAAUUCUUUUAUUUUGAACAUGUCACAUAAGGUCACUCAAGGUACAGGACAUUCAUUCUCAUUUUCCA